AUGAUUGUCUUCAGGAAGAUGCUCUUUGGUUCCAUGCACCUUAAGUCGGAUGGCUGGGCUAGAAGUAACUCAUAUGGUGGCACUAAUGCGCUCACCACCUCAUAUGCCGAGGCCAUUGUUCUGUACCCUGAAAACGGAGGCAACCUGCACUGCUUCACGAUGCUUAGCAUUUGCGCUAUUCUGGAUGUGAUGGGACCCCCUUACAAUAGCAUUGCUGGCAGGAACUUCUUGAAUUCAGUUUAUGAAGAACAUCUAGAUGCUUGCUUCUGCUCGCUGACGAAAACGUCCUCUGGUUUUAGGAGUGGUUGGCGCAUGUUUGGUAUCUUCUGUUUACCCAAGCAUGUUGUCAUUCCUCUGCACAAGAAACCUGGGAUGACCGUGUUCAGCAAGAUGCUCUUUGGUUCCAUCCACCUUAAGUCGUAUGACUGGCCUAAAAGUAACUCAACGGGUGGAACUAAUGCGCUCACCACAUCAGAUGGGACUCCUCUAGCAAAGAUAAACACAAACACAAUUGUUGACGCUUCAGCCGAGACCAUAGUUCUGUACCCUGAAAAAGGAGGCAACCUGCACUACUUCACAGCGCUUACCCCUUGCGCUACUCUUGAAGUGAUGGGCACCCUUACAACAGCGCUGCUAGCAAGGACUGCUCCGACUAUAUAUAGCAAGUCCCCAUUCUCAAAUACAUCUGGUGUGGUUUACGCACGGUACUCCUGGCUCAAGGAGAUCCCCAACAACUAUCGGAUGAAGGGCGUGACGAUGACGUGGCACUUCAUCGUCUAG